AAAUUUUUUCUUAUUGGCCCAACCUAGUUUCUUUGACUGUAAUUUUUUUUUUAUCAACCAAUUUUUUUUUUCUUUUGAAUUUGAUGUCAGGUAAACUUUUAUUAUCCUAAAUAAACAAAACGAAAAUAGAUUAUAUACAAGAACAUUAUGCCAGAGGCAAUAAUAUAUCCUUUAGAAAAUUAUACAUUUGGAACAAAGGAAGCUCAACCAGAAGAGGAUCCUUCAGUAUCAGCUAGAAUGAAAAGACUCGAAACUGAUUUCAAAGAACAAGGGAUGAGAAGAUCUGUAGAAGCUGUUUUAGUUGUUCAUCAUCAUAAUCAUCCACAUGUUCUCAUGUUACAGAUUGCAAAUUCUUUUUUUAAAUUACCUGGACAUUAUCUAAAACCAAAUGUGAGUGAAAAAGAAGGUUUACAGGAAAUAUUAAAUCUUCGACUAGGACCUGAAGACCCUAAAGAAUGGAAUAAUAAAGAAGAUUGGAAAAUAGGUGAAAAGUUAUCUACUUGGUGGCGACCCAAUUUCGAAACAUAUAUGUAUCCAUAUAUCCCAGCACAUGUAACAGAGCCAAAAGAAAAGAAAUCAUUGUAUAUAGUCCAUUUACCUCCUAAAAAAGUAUUAUCUGUUCCAAAAAAUAUGAAAUUAUUAGCAAUUCCAUUAUUUGAAUUAUAUGAUAACUCAGCACGUUAUGGUGCACAAUUAUCAACUAUAGCUCAUUUAUUAAGUAGAUAUGACUUUAUUUUUGAACAACAACAACAACAAUAAUCAUCGUUAUUAAGAACUAUCUUCAGUAGCAUCAAGGUUAACUUUAGGAUUAAAGAAUAAAGAGUUUUUUCCCCAGAAGUAAUCUCUAGCUCUGUAAUUAAUAUAGGGAUAUUUAACCCAUUCCUUUGGAUGUUCUUUAGCAUGUUCUUGAUGAUGUUCAUAUAAUGUGUAUGCAUUGUAACCAGAAGCUAAAAGACUUGUUGUGUAACAAAAAAAAUUAUGCAUGUCAAUGAUAUUUUCUGUCUUUUUCUUUUUUCUUUUUUUUUUCUUCUUCUUAACUAUUAUAUCUUACGCUGGAAUACAAACAAAGAUCGAAAUCUUUUUCCAAGUUCCAGCAGAUUCUAUUAUUAUAGAAAUAUAGUUCAGAGAGACUUAUUUAUUUAUAAACAGGAUAUUUAUUACCUGCAGCAUGAGCUUUAACAGCG